AAAUUGGUAAUCUCAGCGACCGGUCCAUUGAGUUUGAACUUGACUGUUCACCUCUGUGGAAAAAGCCCCAAAAGAUCCCCUUUUCCUCCCUAAUUGUGGAAGAGACUCUAAAGCCCGAAAUUAUGUUGACUACCAAGCCCAAGUCAACGGGUCUCUUGCUUAUAUAUUGUGCCCGGGAAAUGAGAGACUCAUUUCAGCUGCUUUCCCAAUUAUUUUAAUCUUAUUGAACGACAGAUGUCAAAAACUGGAACAUUUGAUCUGGCUUCUGGGGUUGGUGGCAAAAUUGAGAAGAAAGAAGUACUUUCAGCUUUUGAAAAGUACAAAAAAUAUCAUGCCUGUGAUGGAGAAGCUGAGGAAGAGAGGAAAGCCAACUACAUUGAUAUGGUUAACAAAUAUUAUGAUCUAGCAACAAGCUUUUAUGAGUAUGGUUGGGGUGAAUCUUUCCAUUUUGCUCCUAGAUGGAAAGGUGAAUCACUUCGAGAAAGUAUCAGACGACACGAACACUUUCUUGCUCUGCAAUUAGGGCUAAAGCAAGGACAAAAGGUUUUGGAUGUUGGAUGUGGAAUUGGUGGCCCUUUAAGAGAAAUUGCCAGAUUUAGUGGUACAUAUGUUACUGGAAUCAACAACAAUGAAUAUCAAGUAACACGAGGAAAAGAACUGAACCUUAUUGCAGGAGUUGACAACACCUGCAAUUAUGUAACGGCCGACUUCAUGAGUAUGCCAUUUGCUGACGACAGUUUUGAUGGAAUUUUUGCCAUAGAAGCUACAUGUCAUGCCCCAGAUGUGUUUGAUUGCUACAAGGAAAUAUUCAGAGUGUUGAAGCCUGGCCAGUGCUUUGCUAAUUAUGAAUGGUGUAUCACUGAUUUCUUUGAUCCUAAUAAUGCAAAUCACCAGAGGAUCAAGCGUGAGGUGGAGCUUGGUAAUGGACUUCCUGACAUCAGAUCGAUGGGACAGUGCAUUGAAGCUCUGAAACAAGCAGGUUUUGAGAUUAUUUGGGACAAGGAUAUUGCUAUCGACUCUCCUCUCCCUUGGUAUUUGCCUCUGGACAAAAGUCAUUUCUCCUUAGGCAAUGUACGCGUGACAGUUUUUGGACGCUUUUUCACCAGAAAUAUGGUCAAGAUAUUAGAGCGAGUCGGCCUUGCCCCUGAAGGAAGCCAAAAGGUUCAAGCCAUCCUGGAGCAAGCUGCAGAUGCACUUGUUGAAGGUGGAAAGGAAGGCAUUUUCACUCCAAUGUAUUUCUUCUUGGCGAGGAAGCCUUCUGCCAACUGAUCUAUUAAGCUAAUUCUUCCUCAAUACAAUAAAGGUUACACAUAUAAUGUUCAGCGAAUUGGUAUAUUUUGAGUCUGUGAACUGGCUUUUCAAUUUGCUU